AUGUCUGUCUUUGGGCCGGGCCCGCAAGGCCGGCAAGGGGACCUUCGCCCAGAGAGGUCGGCGAAGGUCACCGCCAAGCCAGCCACCGUGCCCCCACCCUCAUACGAGGUCCUGGGGGCGCGCUCGCUCCGCGCUGCGCGUGCGCCGGCCCGGUCCGCGAGGCCCUGCAGUUCCGCCGAGGCGCCGCCAGGGGGCGAGCGGCGUCAUUUCCGACAACAGGGCCCGGGCAGCGCCAGCGCCCAGCCCGGGGCCCAGCGACCCCGAGGCGCUCGGUGGUCAGUGCCUGCGUCGCCCGGCCCCUCGGCCACGCCGGCCCAACCUGCCGGUACCCGGCACACAGGCUGGUGGCUCCUGGCGUCCGAGGGCGCAGGGACCCCAUUUGGAGGCUUCACGAAAGUGACGGGCGCAGGGCGAGCCAUCGAGGCCGGAGUGCGGGAAGGAGGUGGGGGGUGGGACGGCUGCUGCCCAGACGCUCCAGCCCCUCCUCCAGGACAGCCCGGCGGGACCCACCGGCACCGACGCCUCCUGCCUCCUCUCCCCGCGGCCCUGCCACCUCCUGGCCCUCCUGGGGCCCCAGGUUCCAGCUUCCUCCUCCCGCGCAUCUUUGGCCACGUCUGUCCCCAUAGCAGUGAGAGCCCGAGCUGGCCUCCCCCGACCAGUGUGAUCUUUGCAAAAUAG